CUGUUUUUCGCCUUAGCAUUCUUUUCCAUUUUGCUCUGGCGGAUGUACAAAUCAGGGAUCUAAAGCAUUUAUUUUAAGGACUUGCAUUAAGCAUCUGGUAACUGGAAUUGAAUUUUCCUGUAUUUUUUCAGGCUUCUUGGAAAUUGAGGAAUGCAAUUCUGCCACCAUGAUGGAAGGAUUGAAAAAACGUACAAGGAAGGCCUUUGGAAUACGGAAGAAGGAAAAGGACACUGAUUCCACAGGAUCACCAGACAGGGAUGGAAUUCUUCCCAGCCCUCAUCCUCAUGAGCCACCCUUCAAUAACAAACCAGAGUGUGCACGUGAAGGAGGAAAAAAAAUUUCGAAGAAAAGUAAUGGAGCUCCAAAUGGAUUUUAUGCAGAGAUUGACUGGGAAAGAUAUAAUUCACCUGAGCUUGAUGAAGAGGGAUACAGCAUCAGACCAGAAGAACCAGGCUCUACCAAAGGAAAGCACUUUUAUUCCUCAAGCGAAUCAGAAGAAGAAGAAGAGUCACACAAGAAAUUUAACAUUAAGAUUAAGCCUUUGCAGGCUAAAGACAUUCUUAAGAGUGCAGCAACUGUAGAUGAAUUGAAAGCAUCAAUAGGCAACAUCGCACUUUCUCCAUCUCCAGUGAGGAAAAGUCCGAGGCGCAGCCCGGGUGCGAUUAAAAGGAAUUUAUCCAGUGAAGAGAUAGCAAGACCUAGGCGUUCAACACCAACUCCAGAACUUGUAAGCAAAAAAGCCCCAGAUGAUCCUUCAGCCCUCGCCCCACUGUUUGGCCCACCACUGGAGUCAGCAUUUGAGGAACAAAAGUUGGAAGCUCCUUUAGAUCAGACAGAGAUAUGGGGUUCUGUCCAGCCAGUGAAUUCCAGUCUAGAUUCUCCAAAGCUACCAAGACCUUUUCCAACUGGAACACCUCCACCACUUCCACCAAAAAACAUUCCAGCUACACCACCUAGGACUGGUUCUCCCUUAACAGUUGGAAUAGGAAGUGACCAGACAGCAACAGAGGUCAAAAGUGACAAACUACCAUCAAUCAAUGACUUGGACAGCAUUUUUGGUCCAGUAUUAUCCCCCAAGUCUAUUGCUGUUAAUGCAGAAGAUAAGUGGGUCAAUUUUUCUGAUCAGUCCCCGGAAAACGUAACAGCAGAGUUGACUUCAAGGGAAAAAGUGGUGUCCCCACCUGUGGCAUCAGAAAUCCCAGCUGAAUCUCCAGCUGUUGAAACCUCCCGCAAUGUUCCAUCACCUCUCAAUUUAGAAGAGGUUCAGAAGAAAAUUUCUGAGCAAACCCACGUUAAAGAUGAUAACUUAGAAUCAACAGCAUCUCCUAAAGAUUUUGGGUUGGGACAAAGAGCUACACCACCUCCCCCUCCACCACCUACCUACAGAACAGUGGUGUCAUCACCUGGACCCAGCCCUAUCAGUGGCACAGGAAGCACCAGUGGUUCUUCAUCUCCGGCUCGGCCAGCGACUCCACUGGCUGCCUGCAGCAGCACCACGCCACCGCCUCCUCCACCUCGGCCCCCAUCUCGGCCAAAACUGCCUCCAGGGAAGCCUGGAGUUGGCGAUGUGUCCAGGCCUUUUAGCCCUCCUGUUCACUCAUCCAGUCCUCCUCCGGUAGCACCGUUAGCCCGUGCUGAAAGUACUUCUUCCAUAUCAUCCACCAAUUCCUUGAGUGCAGCCACUACUCCCACAGUUGAGAAUGAACAGCCUUCCCUCGUUUGGUUUGACAGAGGAAAGUUUUAUUUGACUUUUGAAGGCUCUUCUAGGGGACCCAGUCCUUUGACGAUGGGGGCACAGGAUACCCUCCCUGUAGCGGCAGCAUUCACAGAAACUGUUAAUGCAUACUUCAAAGGAGCGGAUCCUAACAAAUGUAUAGUGAAGAUAACUGGAGAAAUGGUGCUGUCGUUUCCUGCAGGAAUUACCAGACAUUUUGCCAAUAAUCCAGCCCCAUCUGUUCUAACCUUCCGCGUGAUAAAUUACAACAGGUUAGAACACGUCCUGCCAAAUCCCCAACUUCUCUGCUGUGACAGUACACAAACUGAUGCCAACACAAAGGAAUUCUGGGUAAACAUGCCAAAUCUGAUGACUCAUCUAAAAAAAGUGUCUGAACAGAAACCACAAGCAACGUAUUACAAUGUGGAUAUGCUCAAAUACCAGGUAUCUGCCCAGGGUAUUCAGUCUACUCCAUUAAACCUUGCAGUGAGCUGGCGGUGUGAAUCUACAAGCACUGAUCUUCGCAUUGACUACAAAUAUAAUACAGAGGCAAUGACUACACCAGUAGCUCUAAACAAUGUCCAGUUCCUAGUUCCCAUAGAUGGAGGAGUAACGAAACUUCAAGCUGUGCUUCCACCUGCUGUUUGGAAUGCUGAACAGCAAAGAAUAUUGUGGAAGAUUCCUGAUAUCUCGCAAAAAUCAGAAAAUGGAGGUGUGGGUUCUUUGCUGGCAAGAUUCCAGCUGUCUGAAGGACCAAGCAAACCUUCGCCAUUGGUAGUGCAGUUUACGAGUGAAGGGAGCACUCUCUCCAGCUGUGAUAUCGAACUUGUUGGAGCAGGAUACCGGUUUUCACUCAUUAAAAAGAGAUUUGCAGCAGGAAAAUACUUGGCUGAUAACUAACGGAAGCUUAUGCAAGUAUAUGGAAAAUCCAUAUAACCAAGGACUGCUGUGUGGAACGGGUUUGAAUUACGGUUUAAGGGAAAUGAACUAAAUCCUGCACUUGGGGCACUUCUGUUGGAAGUGUCAGCAACUUUCAGCAUUUUUUCCUGAGAAGACACCGUCUUGACCAGUCCUACAGUAUUUACUUCUAGAUGUAACAUUGUUAAUGGUUUUAAAAUGUAAUUAUUGUAUUUGUAAAUUGUACUCAUUCCAGUAAGGCUGUAUUUUGGCAGUUAGACACUUGAGUUUUAGAAUUUUACCAUUCAUGAAAUGGAUGUAAUUUAAACUGUGGUAUACAAAUUUAAUAGUAGUACUGUUGAAUGGCACAAUGCUUACAGAGGUAGAUUACAUUUUGUCAAUAUAUAUACGAUUUAAAUACAAUACUGGUAGCUGUUAAAAAGGGGGUGCCUCAUGAAAAAAGAGAGUUAAGUAGAACCUGCAAACUGAUUUACUUUUUCUUCAGUCCUUAGUAUGUCUUAUAAUAGUGCUAAAUAAAAGGUCUAUCUUCAAUUGUUUAGCUGGUUUAACUCCAAAAGAAUAUUUUAAUAAAUGCUGAGGUUAUAACAUAUUUUCUCCUCUUCCCCCCAAAAAACUCCAAUCAACCAAAAUACUAAAACCCAAUGUCCAUACUUCUUAAAAUACUUAUUUCAAACUUCAUAACAAAUAAUGCAACUUUUCCAAACACUGUCUUCUACUUUUAUGGACUCUUGUUUCUUCUCAAUAUUCUGACACUUCACAAAUGUGUAGAUUAUUAAAUAAGCAGGCAGUUUAAGACAUUCAGUGAUGACUCUGAGCCUACAGGAGUCUGUAUGUCCACAAAUAGUAAUUGUAUUAAAGAGCACAUUUUCAGCAACCGCCUCCACUUUUGCAAUGCUGUUUGUUGGGGAAUUUUGGAGCACUCUAUGUAAGAUGCUUCACAGACAUGUAAGAAAAGUUCCUUGUCUCAAUAAUUAAGAGCCUAAGCAAGCAAACAAACCCCCCACAAAGAUAACUGGAGAAAGAAUGCAAUAUAACCCUACUAUGUAGCCCGAUACAGCACUUUUUAUCCAUAGAUCAUAAAGUGCUUUAUACAAGUGAAGAAGGAUUUAGCUCUGUUUUACACAUGGAGAAAUUGAGGCACUGAAAAUUUAAGUCCUGCCCAAGGUGACAGAGUUGAGUCAAUGGCAGAGUCAGAAAUAGAACCCAGGUCUCCUAACUCACUGUCUUUUAUCUUGUCAACGGGACGAUUUUGUGUUGUGCAAAGACUGAGUAGUUAAAAUGGCUAUAUUUCAAAUAUUUUGAACUGAGAGAGCUAAUUCCUGUGUCUAUAAUAGACCAGACCAGUAGAACCAGUAAAAAAUUUUAAAGUGCUCCCACUGUAUAUUUGUCACAUGACUUGUCAGGUCUGUGGUUUUAUUUAUUUUAUAUAUUUAUUUAUUUAUUUUGGUAAUCUAGCAUUUUUUUACACUGAGCUGUAAUGUGAGCUAAAUUAAAACAUUAUAAAGGGAAACAUGAAAAUGGGGUUAACAGUUAGUUUGGCAGCUAACUGUCCAUUGUCUAUUUUGCAUGCACAAUGUACACACUUGUACAUGCAAAUCUUAUACCCAGUUUUUCUCAUUUGCAUAAGAAAAUAGCUGUACUUGGGAAAAAUAGUUGUAUGCAUAAAAGUGCAUGUUUAAAAUUGGAGUCUGUGGCUGACAAUUUUGUCCUAUAUGUUUCUUCUGAGAUUGGCAUAGUCAAUUUCAAUUCCACUAUACUACUUUGUGCUUGUGGAACUGAGUUUCAUGCAUGUAAGGAGAGCAGAAUGUCAAUCAAGAUUUUGCGUGGUUCUAAGAUGACAAAUUUUUCUUUUGGAUAGGAAACUAUUUAUUUUAAAGAAAACUUCAUGAAACUGCAGAUUUAACAAUGUGCAGCCUAAUAGGUGAGCCAGUCUUCAGUAGAAAAAGGACGUUAUGUUUGUCUUCACAGCUCUCUUGAGUUCUGUCAUCCUAGAGUGUAAUAGAAUAUUAAUUUCACAAAUCUUCAUCUGCUGUGAUAAACCAGGUGUCUACAUCUUGCUUUUAUACUUGAAAAGUCACUGAGUGAGGAACAUGUUUCAUCUUGGAUGAACUGCAAAAUUAAAGAUGGGCCUGAACCAAGCCCUUGAUCCAAACACCCCCAGCUCUAGACAAUCCAAAUGCAAUUUACAUUUUGUGACACAGACCCAUUACUGUGUGAAAUGCAAUUGAAAAUUAUUUUUGAGGUAAAAUUGGCAUGUCUUAGCCUACUGCUGGCAAACAUAGUGUUGUCAUUUGUGACAUUAAUGGCUUGUCAGCUGAAAUGGUAGAAAGGUAGUUUCUGUCCUGUUUUAAUGUAAGAAUUGUGCUCUGUGAAAAUGAAAUAUCUGUUCAAAAUUAAACAUUAAAGUUGUUCUAAUGUUGAGGUA